AUGAGGGAGCUGCUGGUGUGUGUGCUGCUGCUGUGUGUGCUGUGCGCGGGGGCCCAGGCACAGGGCGACGUCAAGUCCAUCAAGCUGUGCGGCCGCGAGUUCAUCCGCGCCAUCGUCUACACCUGCGGGGGGUCCCGGUGGAGGAGGCUUCUCAGGGAACGGGAGCUGCCAGGUUUGGGCAGCGAGGACCAGAACGACUUUGGGGUCCUUAGCAAUGGUCCUGGGACAGAGCUGGCCCGACGGGACAUAAACCAGAUGCUGACGACCAUGUGCUGUCAGGUGGGCUGCAGCAAGAAAGACCUCACCUUCCUUUGCUGA